GCAGAUGGUCAGUGAAGAAUGGUGAUUCCUCAGUACUGUCAGUGUGCAAUUAGUCACAAAGUCAGUUCCCAGUUGCUCAGUAAGAGAGGCUCUCAUCUGGACCAGCAGAGCUACAAGCAGAACCAAGCCAACAGGAUGAGGUGUCUCGCUACUCUACUCGUGUGUGUGGCCCUGUGUUGGGACGGGCUCAACGCUGUGUGCCCAGAACCCACCGCUGUGACGGACGUCAACGGGGUCAAGCUCUGUGCCCGCUUCUUUGAGGAUGCUGACUUGGUCUACGCUGACAGCUGCAAAGGCAAGUCCAUGGAUAUCUACCCCGGUGAAGACGUGCCGAACAUCCCCUUGGCUUGGAACAACCGCGUGUCCUCUCUCGUCGUGUCCUCGCGGUGCUCCCUCACCGUCUGGGACCACUACUGGAAGGAGGGCACAAAGAAAAAGUUCGGCGGCGGCAUCGUGUACCGUCUCAGGGAGGUACGUAAGGGGCUGAUUGGAGACUGGAACAACGACAUCUCAGGAUACCUCUGUAACUGCUAGAGGCCCGUUGGGGAGGAGGAGACGCAGGAAAGAGGCUGAUCGGUUGGAGAGAAAAAUAGCAAAGAAGAAUUAAGGCUCUGGACUUCCCCCUCAGUCACAAGAAUGUGUUGAAAGAUGAACGUUUUAUUGUGAGAUGUGAGAAUCCAAUAAAA